AUGUCUGUCCACGAUCCUGAGGAUUUUGGAGCAGAAAUCCUCUCGGAAAAGUCUCGGAUGAUGCCRCCCUACGACAUGGACGACCGGCUCCUUCCCGGCGAGCCCCGCAGCCCCUGCUGCUGCCUGGCCUGGAGCCUGCUCAUCGCAACCAUGAACUUACUGUUUUUUCUCCUCAAUCUGCUGCUGAUGUUGRUUAUUUUCACCGUCGUGCUGCUCCCCACCAUCGUCGUGGUUUAUUUUGGUUUCCAGUGCCACUCCCAGGUUCUUCACUCCUCCGCCCGCUACUGCAAGAGCAUCCUGGACGACAGCAGCUCSUCGGCUCUGAUCAUCCUGGGCUUUGUCAUCAUGUCGCCGCUGAUCGUGGUGGCCAUGGCCAUCUACUGCAGCCUGGCGCGGCGCCUGCGGUGA